AUGGUGAGCGCCGCCGAGCUUCCGGACCACAUCCGGGAGUUCCAAGCUGCUCUGGAGUUUCCACAGGGCAUAGGGGCGCUGGAUGGCUGCCACUUCCCCAUCUCACCACCGAAGGUCAACGCGAGCGACUACCACAACUACAAGGGCUGGUAUAGCAUCAUCCUGCUGGCCCUCGUAGACCACCGUUACCGGUUCCGGUAUGUGAACGUCGGGACACCAGGGCGGUGCCACGACGCACAUGUGUACCGGAGGUCGGCUUUGGCGGCUGUUCUACAAGAACCAACGCUGCAGAUGCCCAUGGUCACCGUCAACGGGACCACCGUGCCGCCCCUGAUCCUGUGUGACCAGGCAUUCCCUUUGACGUCCAACAUGCUCAAGCCGUACCCUCGCAAGGACGUUAAGAAGGACUCUCCACAGGAAGGCUUCAACCGACAUCUGUCAUCUGCUCGCCGAGUCGUGGAGAACGCCUUCGGAAGGGUCAAGGCCCGAUUCCGCUUCAUCAUGAAGAGGAUGGAGUGCGAGGUGGACAAUGCCCGGCUUGUUGUGCGAGCCUGCUGCAUUUUAAACAAUGUGUGCGAGCAUUUCAAUGACGGUGUCGAGCCCCAGUGGCUCAGCGACGUGGCGACGGAGGAUAGGAUCUAUCUGCAACCGGUGUGCACCACAGAUGCUGAGGCAGACAAUGGGCAGAGCGCCAGGGACGCUAUUGCGGGCUAUCUACACCAACGCUCGAGGCAAAUGGUCUAG